AUGACAUUUUGCCACGGCAUCCGCUUAGUUCAAAGACGAUAUGUUUAUCGACUUUGGUCAGUUUGUUGGGAUAAUGGUAGCCGAAGAUGCGACUUAGUACAGCUUUCUGGUGCAGCGUGUGCGUGUGUAUUGCUGCAAAAGUUAUUCUUGGUAAAGAUGUUUCACAAAGAAUGGAGAAUGUUCUCAUACCAACCAAAGUUUAUUUUAUGCAGACUUUCACAUACAAUUAUAAGUGGUGCAAAGAAGAAAACUAAAGGAAAGAAACAGAAACUUCACAAUGAGAAUGAGGUGGUAAAAUAUAUAGAAGAAAACAUGGAAAAACCUGGUAAGCAGCAUACCCAAAAGCCUGUAUUGAAUGUGGAUAAAAACAGAAUUUUGCAUGAUAUACAAACCAAUCAUUCACAAGUGCUUGGCUUUAAUCUGGAAGAGCUUGAAAGGCGUGUUAAUGUCUUCAAAAGUUUAGGUGUAAUUUUUAAUGACUGUGUUGUUUUAGCAUUGUCCAUACCAUCAUGUUUAAAUAUUUGCAAUAGUAAUUUCAAAAAGAUAGUAGCAAUACUGAAACAUUACAAGUUACCAGCUGAAGAAAUUAUUUUUAAAUAUCCACAUAUUGGUGCAUUGGAUCACAGACAAGUUAAAAGAAAUCUUGAAUUGUUAACAGAUGAGUUAGUUAUCAAAUCUGAACUGCCUACUUUGGUUUUAAAAAAUCCUAUACUCUUGUCGUAUGUAUUAAAUAAACAUACUGUUGAAUUAUUGAAAGCAUCAUCUUUUAACUUGGACUCAACAUAUACUACUGUUGCAAAUUUAAAUCUUUCUCUACAAGAAAAAGCUGUCAUCAAUUCUACAGUAGAAAAAUUUAUUACCCACAAUGAAAACCCAAACAUGUAUAACUCAGAAGCCAAGAAUUUCCUGUCAACAUAUGAUGUGAAUGCUGACCAAGUGUAUGUGACAUGUCCAGAAUUUUUUUUAGUGUCAUUAGAAACUUUAGAGAAAUGCUGUGAUAAUUUAUCAGCAGACCCGUUUUUUUUCAAUGCUGAAGAUAUACAAAAGCUCCUCAAAACAUGCCCUGAAGUGUUUAUUUCUUUCCAUACUGAUGACGUUUUAAAACAAUCUCGUUACAUAGCUAGUGUUUCCACCACAAAAUGUCGAGCAUAUAAACUUUUAAGAGAUUAUCCAGAAAUUUUUAAGGAUUCAGAUUUCUUUUUUAAACGUGUUGCAAUGUUUGAAAAGUAUGGCAUUAAAGAAGGUGACAUAGGACGGUUGCUUGCUCAGAAAGGUGGUACAAACUGUUUCGUGGAUUGUGAAGAUUUCUCAGAUACAUCAAUUACUAAUUUACUUGACUUUUACAUGUCUAGAAGUGACCUAACACCAUUGCAAAUUGUUGUGUCAGCUCCUGUCUCUCUGUCCACAAAGUCAACGAACAUUAUAAAAGCUCGGUUAUCAUUUUUACGUCACAAAAACAAAGUGACAGUUAUUGCUGGCAAAAAGAAAAAAAAGCAGUCACAAAUCACAAUACAAAGUGUAGUAAGAAAAGAUUUAGAGGAGUUUGUGGAAAAGGUUUGUGGUGCUACUAUGAGUGAGUAUGAUGAAUAUUGUAGAAGUAACAAUUUAAAAAAUCAUCGUGCUGCUUAUCAGUCACAAACUUUGUGAUUAUUUUGUCUUAUGUUAUUUUUAUUAUCUGUAAUUUUUAUAAUGUAAAAUCAAGCAUGAUUUUUGAAAUUUGAUUUGUUUUAAUAUAUACUUCUACUUAACUUUUUUCUAUAUAAUUUGAAGGUUUUUUACAUAUCAAACUAUUCAAUAUAUCAACUGUACUGUUAACUAAUUGUAUUUUGUAUGAUUUUUAUAUAUGUUUGAUUCUUCUA